AAUGGUUUACGCUACUGUAUCUCUGGUCGGCAGCGACUUUUGGACUGUGUGGGGCUGAUGAAGGGGUGGAUGCAUGUGCUGUGCCAAGGAUCCAAAGAUUUCCAAUUUAGCCCUAACGUUAAAGCUUUAACUUAACCCUAAGAAGAUGCCUUUUUGGACUGGUUAUACCCCCGUGGGAGUGACUCAGCAUCCGUCCACGUUGGUCGCAAACACACAAGCGACCAUGACGAAGCCAAACUCAAAGCCGACCCAAUGCAACCAAAACGUUCUCAUUCCAAAGUAGUCCAUUAGUCGCAUUAGAGAAAUACACCAUGACCCGUCGAACAUCCCCACUUUUACUAACUAUCCUCGUCGGCUCAUGCCAGGGGUUCCAAAUGGCUCAAGUCUUCAAGAGCUUCCAGCCCGUCAAGGUGCCAACCCAAUCAGGAGGCAAGAAAGCUGAGCUCUUGGACUCUAUCUCGUUUACCAACAAUGGCAAAAGCGCAGCACCCGAAACACAGCUAAAUGUGCUAGAUAUCGUCCGAUCCAUGGAAGUCAAAAGUCCUCCCAGCCCAAAUCUGUUGUCCGAUCCCAAGGAGGCUCAAAUUCUCGAUGGAGUCUGGUACCUUCAUUACACAUCUCCCAGUGAUCCAAGUUUGAUUGAUGCCGGUGAAACGGACGACAACUUUCCAAAUGCCUGGAAACCACAAAAGGCAGAAGAAAAAAUUGAAACCAAACAGUUCAAUGCCAAGGGAUCGGUCAGUGCGGCAGGAAUCAAUGUGGACACUUCCAAUCGAGUGGUCAAACAAAUCAUUAAUGUCCAAGAGAGUGUUGUCUUCAACGAAAUUGAUCUAGACUUUGGAAAGGUACAAGUGGGAGGACCCUUUCGAAAAUCCGACAAUAUUCCCAAUCGCGCAGUUGUAUCCUUUCAAACAUGCAACAUUACUCUGAACAGUGGAUUCACCUUGAAUCUGGGAUUCCUCUUUGAUAUUCUGUCACUGGUACGAGGAAGCAAGGAUAGUGGCUGGCUGGAAACAACCUACAUUGACUCCAAUAUGCGCAUUGGACGUGGAAACAAAGGGACCAUGUUUGUUUUGACCAGAAACAGUGAGGAUGUAAAGCCAUAAUUAGACUGCCUUGCAGCACGGUUGGGUAUUUCAGUCCCCAGCAAAACCAACUAUGUACAUAUCAUACACUGCGUGGAGACAACCAGAUUAAGUGAAACUGCCAAUACACAUGUAAAGAUAGGUCCAUCUUAUGCUAAAAAUUCAAAGGGAAGAAGGGUGGCUCAUUUCUCUAUGCAUACUAUAUAGAAAACAGUCGGCCACCGGGCACGGCAUUACCAAUCUUACCUGAAGGACCUGGACACAACCUUACCGAUAGCUGCCUCACCAACAAAACUAAAGUGUAACAUUUCAUCCUGAGCGUAAACUGAGAGCAAAUGCCAUGGCACUUGUUUCGGAACGUGGCUGGCCUCCUGGCUGAAACGAUGCAGCGGAGAGAUAGGUGUUUGUUUUCUAGAAGUAAUUUUAUGCUGCCCAUUUCUGGGAGGAGAACGAUGCAGUGGAGAUAAGUGUUUGUUUUCUAGAAGUGAUUUUAUGCUGCCCAUUUCUGGGAGGAG